AUGUCUAAUCCACUCAAAGUUGUGGACAUCUCCCAACCAACUGCCAGUAUAAGCGGGCCCUUGCUCGAAGCUGCGAGACAACAAGGAUUCCUGUUCGUGGACGGCCACGACUUUAGCCAAGAAGAAGUAGAUGCUCUGUUUGCAUUGUCCAAACGCUUUUUCACAGAGACUCCAGAGGAUGUCAAGAAUCAGUACGCUAUAAAGUCCAACAACAUCGGGUACACGCAUUUCACGAACGAGCAGCUUGAUCCUCGCAAGGCUUGGGAUUUCAAAGAGGCUUUCAAUUUUGGUAAUAUCAACUUCAAGACCGGAACCUUCAACCAGGAUGACGCUGCGUUUAAUGGGCGUGCCCGCACGCCAGAGGACCACGAAAACGCCGUUCCUGAAAUGUUCGAAGCGCAUCGCGAGCUGAUCUCGCAGACUUCUCGCAAACUACAUGCUACAGCGAUGCGAAUCUUGCAAGUGAUGAGCCAGGGCCUGGAGGUGGAAGACCCAGACUUCUUCACCAAAAAACACCGGCCCGACCAAGCCAGUGGCUGUGUUUUCAGAAUGUUGCGGUACCCACUGAUUAGAAGUGACGCGGUGGACGCUGACAGCUAUGAUGCUACGAUUAGAGCUGGUGCUCACACGGACUACGGCUCUCUAACGCUGUUGUUCCAACGCGAGGGCCAACAGGGACUGCAAUUGCAGACGGGAGACUGCGAAAAAGACGCACAACAGGGCUGGACUGAGGUUCCGUUCGUGGGCUCGCAGCAUAAGGGCCUAGCACCUCCACUGGUGGUCAAUUUCGGCGAUCUUUUGUCGUAUUGGACAAACGGUGUGUUGAAAAGCACACUCCACCGCGUCAAAUUCUCUCCUGGUGAGACCCGUGAGCUGGAUCGCUACUCAAUAGUGUUUUUCGUGCACCCAGAGCACGCUACAGAGCUGGUGCCAGUGCCAAGUAAGCUUGUUGCAGAGCAUUCCAAGGGAAAACCAGCUACUACAAUUACAGCGGCAGAACAUCUACAAGAACGACUAAGAGCUACGUACGCAUCGGAGGCUUGA